AGAGUGUCUGGGGGUUGGUCGCUGAUGGAACGGCGUGUGCGUUCAUGUUGCCUCAUUUCCUGAGUCUGCCCAAAGACAGGGAGAUACGGGGGGACAGUGCGAGGGAGAGAGCGCCCUGGAGAAAGAGAGCGAAAGAGAGAGGGGGAGAGAGAGACAGACAGACACAGAGGGGGAGGCUGGUUCCUGAUACCAAAACACGGAAAAGCAGGGGAGUGAAAGAGAGAGAAAAAAGGCUGGCUGAGACAGGGAGAGAGGGGGAGAAAACAGGGGAAUAACACUUAAAGAGACACAAAAAGCGUAGGUGAUGAAAGAAGAUAAUACUAUGUUCUUCUGAACAUUCCCCUUUCUUUAUCUCUCACGCUGUCACAUCGGAUUGGACUCCAAAGAAUCGACACCGCGUCUAUCCCAGACCCCAUGGGUUAACAGACUGUCCAGGAGAGGCUAACAGGUCAGCUAACCCAAUGAACAGCAACAGGAAAGAGGACAUGGAGAUUUCGUCCCACUACCGGCAGCUCCUGCGUGAGCUCAACGAGCAGCGGCAGCAUGGCAUCCUGUGUGACGCCUGUGUCAUUGUGGAGGGGAAGAUCUUCAAGGCCCACAAGAACGUCCUCCUGGGCUCCUCGCGUUACUUCAAGACCCUCUACUGCCAGGUGAAGAAAGGGGCGGAGCCACAUCACCAAACAACCGUCACUCACCUCGACAUCGUCACAGCGACAGGCUUCAAAGCCAUCCUGGACUUCAUGUACUCUGCCCACCUGGCGCUGACCAGUAAAAACGUCAUUGAGGUGAUGUCAGCUGCCAGUUACCUACAGAUGACCGACAUCGUCCAGGCCUGCCACGGCUUCAUCAAGGCCGCGUUGGACAUCAGUAUCCGCUCCGAGCUGGCCGACGAACUGACCGACUUCGAGAUGGGGGCUGUCGCGGCCGCUGGGAUAUGUGGGGGAGGUAUAGGAGGAGGUGGGGGAGGUAUAGGGGGAGAAAGGGGAGGAGGAGGGUUAGGAGGGUCGGCAUCAGAAGCCCUGGCAUCCAUCAUAUCAGGAGGAAGCUCCUCGCCAUGGCUGGAGAGGCGUACGAGUCCGGCCAACUCUUCUGGUGACUCAGCCAUCGCCAGCUGCCAUGAGGGUAGUGGCAGUACGUACGGUAAAGAGGACCAGGAGACACCCAAGAGCCAUGAGAGCCAGGAAGACGGUGGCCACGACUCCCAGCACGCCUGGCCACAAGACUACCGCCCCGUCACUGUCAAAGAAGAACAAGCCUCACCCUCCUCCACUUCUCACCCCCGGGAGAGGCUCAGAGUGGGUGCAGGGGCACAGGGGGUGCAGGGGGGUGGAGGUGACGGGGCAUGGCAGCCCUCUGGGUCGGGGAGGAGGAAGAACAGGAAGAACAAGGACACAGUCAGACAUAUUACCCAGCAGACCGAGCUGGACAGAGACAGCAGGCCGGGCUCUCCACUGCCCCCCGUGAUGGGCGUGACUCGUUGGAGCUACAAUGGACAGGACAUCCCAGGUGCAGAUGUGACAGAGCCCAACAGCUCAGACAGUCGCGGAGAACGUCUCGACUUCUUCCUCAAACAGGAAGAAGCUCUGACAAUGGGCGAGGCCAACUUCCUGGGUGCCAGCGAAUCAGAUGGGGCAGGAGGUGGGACCGGGGGUGGGACUACACCUUCGGUAGCCAAUCUGAGGGCAGCAUUGAUGAGUAAAAACAGCCUGCUUUCGCUACGGGCUGAGAUGCUGGGAGACGAUAAUCCUGUACUGUUUGAAUUCAUGCCCAAAGGAGGACACUCCCUUUCACUGAAUGACUUCACAGUGAUCCGUAAGAAGUUUAAGUGCCCCUACUGUAGUUUCUCUGCCAUGCACCAGUGUAUCCUGAAGAGGCACAUGCGUUCCCACACGGGCGAGAGGCCCUACCCCUGUGAGAUCUGUGGCAAGAAGUUCACCAGGAGAGAGCACAUGAAGAGACACACACUGGUCCACAGUAAAGAUAAGAAGUAUGUGUGUAAGGUCUGUAGCCGGGUCUUCAUGUCGGCAGCCAGCGUUGGAAUCAAACAUGGCUCCCGUCGCCAUGGUGUCUGUGUUGACUGUUCUGGACGGGGCAUGGACCACAACCGGGAAGCAGGCGGAGGCAUGUCGCCCGAAGAUGAGCUGUAUCCCAGCGACCACCGUUUCCACAACGAUCAGGUGGAGUGCGAAGGCGACGGAGAGGGGGAGGAAGAGAUGAUGACGGAAGGGGAUGGAGAGAUGAUGGGAGAGGGGGAUGAGGAGGGAGGAAAGUGGAAGGAUGACUCAGGGAUGAUGACGGAGGGAGACGGAGCCAUGGAUAAUGACAAGGAGGAGAGCAACUCCUCUGCACCAGAGGGGGAGCAGCACAAUGGGAGCGAGAAGGAUUUCAGCUGGAUCUCUUAGGAUCAUUUAGGAUCUAUUGUGGAUCUUAGGCAGACACAGCUCUCUGUACCCAUGUGUACAUGGGCCUUCCUCUGAGUGGGAUAUGUGGGCGUUACCCGACAAUGAUCUAAACCCUUGACAGAUGCCAUACACACACGCACCACACAUACACACACAAGCUGAGCCCUGUGCUGAUGAUAGGACUGCCAUGGCGGAAAGAGAACGAUUGAGAGAAAAAAAUAACGUUUUGUUCGUUUGUUUGUUUCUGAUGAGGACCAUAUCAGAGUCUGUCCAUUGGUUUAGAUGUUCACCUCCAUCACACUGGGACCAAUGAGGACUCAUUCAACAUCUUAGCUGAUUUUGAACCAUGACUGUUUAUGGUCACAGUUGCCAUGGAUACGAUGGAUUGUUAACAGUUUGGGAAAACACCAAGGUGGUGUCUUGUUGCCAUGCAGUCCUAUUUGGGGACAGUCUCUACUUCUUUGGGGACAGUCACUACACCUGGGGACAGUCUCUAUAUCUGGGGACAGUCUCUACAUCUGGGGACAGUCUCUACUCAUUAUGGGGACAGUGUCUACACCUGGGGACAGUCUCUACUCAUUAUGGGGACAGUCUAUUCAUUUUGGGGACAGUCUGUAUUUAUUUGGGGGACAGACUCUAGACAUUUUGCAGACAGUCUAUUUAGUCGGGGGACAGUCUUUAUUUAUUUGGGGACAUUCUCUAAUCAUUUUUGGGACAGUCUCUAUUCAUUUGGAGACAGUCUUUAUUCAUUUUGGGGACAGUAUUCAUUCAUUUGGGGGACAUUCUCAAUUAAUUUGGGGGACCGUCUCUAUUCAUUUGGGAACGGUCUCUAUUAAUUUGAGGACAGUUUCUAUUCAUUUGGGGACAGUAUUCAUUCUUUUGGGGGACAGUAUUCAUUUGAGGACAGUCUAUUAAUUUGUGGGGAAGUCUCUAUUUAUUUUGGGGACAGUCUCUAUUCAUUUGGGGACAGUCUCUAUUCAUUUGGGGACAGUUUCUAUUAAUUUGAGGACGGUCUCGAGUCAUGUUUGAGACAGUCUUUUAUCUAUUGUAAAGUUGCACCCGUCAGGCAGCGGUUGGCCCGUUGUCUCCUGCAGAGUGAAACUGCCACAGACUUGCACUUUAACGUCGACUAGACUCCUGUAAAUGCUCUCAGCCCGUGGUUUACAUGUUCAAUCUGAUUUUACCUACACAACUCGGUGACCGCACCUACCUUUAAGGAUAUAUACUGUAUGUCCUCAUGACUGUUAUGAUAUAUAAAUAUAUGGAUAUUAUAA